AUGUCCGACGCUGAGUUGUUUGCAGACGUCGCGCCAGUGACCCCGUCGCUGGCGAGCGACGAGCCCGUGCCGAUGGAGGCGGACAGCAGCGAUGACGCACCCUUGCGUCGCACGCAGUCUCAGGCCGUCAAGCGGAUCAAGAUCGACGAGGUGGCCAGGACCGUGCAGGAGCGGGACGAGCCCGUGCAGGAGCUCCGCAAGGCACUCUCGCAGCUCUGCAGGCGGCAGGCCGACGCCGACGCCGACGCCGACGCCGAGGACCUGGCCACAAGGCGCGAGCAUGCUGCGGAGCAGCUGCGGCAGGUGGAGCGCCUGCAGCAAGGCUUCCGGAACUUCGGGGAGGACCUGAUGGAGGGCAUGCUCGCGCUGGACCGCCUUUCCGGGCUCGCGGAGGAGGACCGCGCAGUGCGCAAGCAGACGCUCCGGGGCAUCCAGGGCCUCCUGGACGAGGUCGACGGCGCGAAGCCGCGCGUCGCGCAGCUCCGGAAGAGGCUGGCCGCGGAGUUGGAGCGGCUAGGGCCGGAGCCCUCUCCGGCCAGGGCGGAGCCCGAGGCGCCCCCUGAGGCGACCCCCGAGCCCGCGGCGCCCCUGGAGCCCGAGGACGCCUGCGGGCCCGCCGCGCCCGCGCCCGCGCCAGGCCCGGCCAGCCAGCAGCAGCGGCGGCUGCCGCGGCCAAGCGUCGACUGGAGCCGGGUCAGGCUGCCCGCGGAGUUCUCGGCGGCCGAGCGCGGCCGGGCCUACGUCCUCUCCGCGCAGCUGCCAGGCCUGGAGGCCGACAGCGUCCGGCUGGCGCGCAGGGGCGGCGGCGUGCUGUGCGUCCAGGGGCUGCGGCUGCCCAGCCCCGCGGAGCAGAGGGCCCUCGAGCGGGCGCUGGCGGCGCACCUGCAGAGGCUGCCGAGGGAGCGGCGCCGGCACCUGCAGCAGGAGGAGGUGGACGAGCUCGCGGCGCAGCUCGGCCGCGGGCGCUUCGGCCUGGUGAGGGAGCAGUUCGAGCUGCCGGGCGACGUGGACUGGGAAGGUGUGGAGUGCACCUACGAGCAGGGCGUACUGCGCGUGGUGCUCCCGCGCCUGGCCAUGACAGCGCGAAGCUUUGGUGGCUACGGUGUUCCUGGGCGCCGACGUGCCUCGCAGCCCAGCCCUUGCCCCGGCAGGUACCCAGGACCGGUGUGCGACGGGGGGCGCCCACAGUUCAUGUGGUGA